UGUGUGCCUGUCUACGUACGCGUGUAUGCUCGUGUGGGUGCCAUGUACUAGAUAUCUCGAAUCGCGACCCAGCCGUGCCUGGUAGGGUCGCCCAGGGACUCCGACGUCCUCUCUCGUCGCGCGACCGACAAUAAAUACCCGUCUCUCCCCCCUUCGCCCGCCCCCCCUUCCAUCUCUCCAUCGCUUCAAUUCUCCUAAUUCCUCCAAUGCUCCCGACCGAGGCGCAUUCGGCCCAAUGGCAGGACUUACCCCCGACCUCUCGCUUCUAAACAGCGCUUUCUUUAAUAUUUACCAUGACGCCCCUGGAAAUACGGGUUCCCCAGCCCUCCCCAGCGGUCGAUGCAAUUUUGUCGAUUUAAACCACGGCGCCAAUGGCCCUCGAUGCGGAUGCCGUCGCUUCUGGAGUCGCCGCACUCUCUCCGCCAGGACGGGCAGAGGCAGCAUGUCAGGAACCUCGCCGGUAUUUGCUAAUGGAUUCCUCCACGGCGGGAGCGGCGGCCUCGCAGACGACGACGCCUGGUGCAUGUGUUCCCACCAUGCGUGCUUCCACGAUGAUGCUCGCGACGGCCAAACCCCAACUGCCGUCGUCCCUCCUCCCGACAUGGUAAGCAAUGGCCAGGAGAACGAGCGACCCAAGACCAGCAGGGAGCCGCUCACGCCGGUGCCGGAUCCGUCAUUCAAGGUGCCGGGAUUUGUGGAGUCGUCCAUGGAUAUGUUUAAUGAAUCUCUCUUCCCGAACCGCCCGACGGGGCGCGAUGGUGCGUCCCAGACCGGGAGCGCGGUGCCCGCGCCGGAACCUUCUAUUCCUGAUACCCUGGCCUGGGCCAACUUUAUCCAAUCCGAGCCGGACGACGUAGGCUUGCUUCCCCCGAUCCCGAGCCAGUGUCUGAUGUCUUCCCAACCAAGCUCGACGACGUCGUCUGCCCGGGUGAGUUAUCUUCGGCCGUUUGCCGGGAAGGGGCUGCAGACAUUUAGUAGUGUCCGAACUAAGCUAGGUGAGCCCCCUCUGGGGCAGGAUGACGAGACCGAACAGGAGGAGGAUGCCGUUGCCUCCGGCGUAGAUCACCAGUCUGUCGAUGACGGACAGACCGUCACCAACACCCCAAGGUCUUGUAGGCACGGAGACGCGACUGAGAGGCCGGGACUGUCCUCUCCGGCACCCCACCAGGACGCCCUUCAGCAGUUGUCCGAUGUGGUUCAAGCGCAUGACCAGCGACUAGACCGGCUGGAGAAUCCCUCCAUCUCCACCGCCGGCUACGACGGUUGUGACGACAAGCACGACCACGCCGAUCUUCGAAUCACAGAGCUCGAGUCGCGCGUCGAAGAGGUCGAGAAGAUGCUCAACGACACCCCUAGCCAGGUUUCGGCCUACCACCCAGCUCGACGUCCGGACGUCAACGCGUCUAUGAGCAGCGCCGUCUCCGUCUCCACCAGCGGGACCGAAUACGUAUUGAGUCGCACCGAACUCUACAGCCAGCUGCAAGCUCUAAAAUCUCAGCUCGACCACCUGCAGGGGCUCUCGCCCUUCCCGUCCCCGACACGCCCGUGGGAUGUUGAGGUGGUCUUUCUGCCCUUCCCGUUGAAGGGUAUAUGGAUGGAUUCUACCUACUUCGCCGGCCAGCACCCCUUGGACGCCGGCGCCAACAUCGAGGCCGACCAAUGGACCCAGCUGCCUAGCAGCUCGUCUGCCCUGGAUCCUCAGUCGCCGGAUGGCGACUGGGCCGGGCCCGAAGUCGAGUCGGAGUGGCUGCUCCCUCGCGCGUGCGCGCCCGGCCGCGUCAUCCAGCAGCGGCUUAGGAGCCGAGGCCUCGUCAAGAACGUGACGAUCUGCGGCCCAGAUGCUAGGAGCGUCCAUCACGCGAUGAACGACGCAUUCGGCACCCUAUUCCGCACCUUCUCUCGCAUGCAAGCCAAUGUCCACCACGGCUCGACGCAGCACCACCGCGUCGCCAAGUUCCUCGGCCUCCAAUCGGCUUGGGUGCCGCUGCGCAAAAUCCGCAGCGAUCCGAAGCUCCACUUCCUAUCGCCACCCGAGAUGGUUACGCCGGUGACGUGGGAUGUCUCUUUCCUGCGCGCGAGCGUGGUUAUGAAGGUGGGCGGGGCGCAGCGCCUCUACAUCACUCACCCUGAGGCGUAUCUCCAGGACCAAGACGCGUACCUCAACGGGUGGAACUGGCAACGCCUGCGCGAGCUCAGUCGAGUGUACGCCGACUCUCAGAGCAGCCAGGAGGUCCCCGAGGCGGACGCCAUGGAGGAAUGCUGGUUGCGGAACGACAACCUCGAUGAGACUUCCGCCGUCGCCUUCCCGCCGCCCGGCAGCCGGCAGCCGGCGCAGGUCAAUUGGCGGACCGUGUCGAUGUCGCCGUCUCGGCACAUGAGCGCCAGCGUCACGGCCGUGCCGCUGUCCUUCGCCACCAGUCGCUCCGCCGCGCGCAAUCGCACCAAGUCCCCGGCUGCCGUCACGUUCAAAGAGCGGAAAGGCUCUAGACCACCUAAUAUACGCACGGCCUCGAUGCCUCCCAUCGUGCCACACGUCGUCUCGCAGGCCCAAGCGAAGCGGCGAGUGACACCGGUUGUUCGGCCUGCGGAACGCCGCGUGGCGGCGCAGGUCCGCCCCCCCAUGCCACACGUCGCAGCCCUUGCGAAGCGCCGCGGCACCCGUUCCCCGUCUGCGCGGCCACGGAACACCCCCCGCUGGAGCACGGCGUCGCCGACUCCUAUGCCCGAAGCCUUCCCCCCCCGCGGCUCGACGCCGUUCUACGCGACGCCGCAUAGCAAUGCCCCCUUUAUCGACACGCGGUCCAACCGCGGCGUCGUGACGGCGGACGACGAUCCCGACAGCGGUGGGAGCGGUAGCGGCGCCGACCAGCAUGGUGGGGACGAGGAAGAUAUGGAAGAGGAUGACAGCGACGACGGUGGCGACGAUAAUAAUAAUUCGGACUACGCCGACAGCCCGAUGCUCGAUUUCGCCCACGUGGACGAUCCUCUCGAGUCGUGGCAGGACAGACAACUCCCCGGCGGCCCAGAGGACGAGGCGUGGCCGGGUAUAGAGGACGAAGAGAACCGUAAUGCCGAGAUCGGGAUCGACAUCCACGAGGACGACGACGCGAUGACGGACGCGGACGGGUUCGAGACGGAGAGCCAGAAGUCGAGCGUGCCGAGCGAGUACCCGAGCACGCACCGGGCGUGGACGGGCGCCGAGGAGGGCGGCUUCCGGGUGUACGAGGAUGCCAACAACGCCCCAAUCAGCGUCGUAAAGUGACGCACCUGGGGA